AUGAUGCUGAAAGGAUUCUGCACCGCCUUCUGUGGCUGGCACUCAUACAUCAACAUGAUGGGCAAGAGGAUCAAGACGAGCCUCGUCGGCAACCCUGCUGGCCGGUGCCUGCCCAACUGCGCAGCGUGGGAAUUAGCGUCCAGCCUGGCGGCGCCCAACAGGGACAAGGGAAUGGACGCGCUGGUCUCCACCUUCGCCCACGAGCUCGCAGAGGCCACUAGCGACCCGUACCUGUCCACCUGGAUGAAUGAGAAGGGCGAGGAGAACGCUGAUAUGUGCUCCUACAGUGAGCUCGCAGUGGCCACCAGCGACCGCCACCUCUCCACGUGGAUGAAUGACAAGGGCGAGGAGAACGUCGAUAUGUGCUCUUACAGGUGUGUGUGUCUACAGGUGCGGUUCGGUUUGUUAUGGUGCAGUGCGGUUGAUGGCAUGAUUGGGCUCGCAGAGGCCACCAGCGACCCCUACCUCUCCACGUGGAUGGACGAGUAG